UUUGGAGAUACCAUAAAACAAAACAAAAAUUGUUGUUUUUCAAAUGAUAAUUGUUUUUAUUUGGUGAAUAACUUUUCGACACCCGUCCCUCUCUUAUUAUAUUGUAUUUAGAGAGUUAGUGUACUAAAUAUAUACUUGAAAUUWUAGUGCAUUAUAUACAAUAUAUUUAUAAAUUAUAUCUAUUAAGUACAGUAUAUGGAUGUGUGAUCCAAGUUUAUAGCCAACAGCUGGAGUGGAGUUAUAUCAGACACAUCACAAUCACAUAAGCUUAUGAUGUCGACCCUAGUAAUGAUGGAUCAGGUGAUCGAAGUGGAUCCCGACAUGAAUUUGGCAGCCCUUAGUCUACUGGCCAUGUCAUCCAAAAGUCGAAGCCGACAUCACUCGUACAGACGAUUUUGUUCAUCGCUGUCCUCAUCCCAGUGCGAGAGCCCAACCGAAAGCAGUAGCAAUACAAGUGUAUUCACCGAUGAAGUACCSGUCGAUCUGAGCCGCCGUACACUCGAAGAACAGUCUUCAUCAUCGCCGGCCACACUGUCGCCGACGGCUACCAUACGCUAUUCGACGCCCAGUCCCAGCAGCCAUAGCACAUACAUACCRGUGGUGACACCGUUGACCGUUAAUCCAUCGCUGAUGAGUGAAUCUCAGUUCAAAAUUGCCAGAAUAUUGACAGACUUGAAUCGCAUCAAACAGGAUCCGGUGCCCAAUAUUAAUGACAUAAUUACUGACACACCAUCACCGCCACAGCCCAUCAUACCGGCGCUCGUGACCAGCGCUGGCGGCAGUGGUGCCCAACAUUUUCAGCUCAAUUUAGGCAUCAGAUAUCCGCAGCAAAUAAUUGAAGCAAAUCAUAGUACUAUAGCUGCUAUUAAUAAUAACAAUAAUAAUAUUAAUAUUAAGACAACUCAAGGUCGGCCCCGUAAACGGCGAGCUCCUGGCGGUACCGGUGCUACAGCUGAUAYACCAGCUAAGGGCCUACAAAAACAGCAACAACAACAACAACAGGCAUUUAUCAUCAAUAAUAACAACAACACCAUUGGUAAUAAUAGCUAUGGCAUAGCUAUCAAUGGCUAUCAACAACAACAACAACAACAAACAGUGAAUGAUGAGGAGGUGCUGAUGAAAAAGAUGCACCGGUGCUCAUAUAAUGGCUGCGACAAAGUCUAUGGCAAGAGUUCACAUUUGAAGGCUCAUCUCAGGACACACACAGGUGAACGACCAUUUGCAUGCACCUGGCAUUCGUGUGCCAAACGGUUCGCCCGCAGCGAUGAACUAGCCCGACACUAUCGGACCCAUACGGGCGAGAAAAACUUUGUCUGUCCGUUUUGCGACAAACGAUUUAUGCGGUCCGACCAUCUGACCAAACACGCCAAACGGCACCCGGAGUUUCGGCCCGAGUCACUAACAUUUACGCGCAAGAAUCAGCACAAUAGCAACAAUCAUAGAAAUAAGACAAACACUACGGCGGCGACGGCACCGGUAGUCAAGUCUAACAACAACGACAGUACUUCUACUCUUACUACACAACCGAUGGCCAAAACUCAGCCUAUUGUGGCCAACGGUGUUCUCAAUAGUAGUAACAGUAAUAAUAAUAAUAAUACAAUUAUGAAUAGCAAUCAUAAUACUAGCAUUAAGUUCAAUGCUAGAGAUGUUAGUUUAAAUAAUAUUAAUAAUUGUUAUCAACAAAUACCUCAUAAAUAG